AUGUCUCAAUCACCAUCUGAAUUCAAAGCUAUCGGAUUGCUCAACUUGAAAGACUGGCCUAACGCUAAGUCUUUCUCCUACAAGCCUUACCAAGCCAGACCACAAGACGUCGACAUCAAGAUCAUCUCUUGCGGUAUCUGUGGAUCUGACUUGCAUGCGAGUAAGGGUCACUGGGGUGAUAUUCCUGUUCCAAGAGCUUUCGGUCACGAAAUUGUUGGAGAGAUUGUUGCUCUUGGUGAUGAGGUUGAUCGCUCCAAAUACAAGAUCGGCCAGAGAGUUGGUGUUGGAGCUCAAUGUGACUCCUGUGGUGAAUGUUACAGAUGUAACAACCAUAAAGCCAACUGCUGUCGUAAGGGAACCCAUCUUUACUUGCACUCGUACCCAGACGGCACUCUUGUUCAGGGUGGAUACGCUUCCCACAUCCGUGUGAACAGCAGAUUUGCCAUCCCAAUUCCAGAAGGUCUUGCCAGCGAGGACGCCUCCCCAAUGCUUUGCGGAGGUAUUACUGGAUUCCGUCCAUUGCUCACCUACGGCGUGAAAAAGGGAACCAAGGUUGGUGUUUCGGGUAUUGGUGGUAUUGGCCACAUGACAAUUAUGUUUGCCAAGGCCCUUGGUGCUGAGGUCACCGCCAUUUCUAGAAGUAACAGCAAGAAGGCUCUUGCUACGCAGAUCGGUGCCGAUCAUUUCGUUGCAACUAACGAAGAAGGAUUCGAAGAAAAGUAUGCAGACACUUUGGACUUGAUUGUCAACACCGCCUCUGAUUUUGAGCCAGAGUCUUUCAACAAGGUUACCUCCAUGCUCAAGCCUGACGGAAGGGUGACUUUCAUUACUGCUCCCCCUGUCGGAACCCAGAUUUCGUUGGAACCAAUGUUCUACCUGAUCAACGGUUAUCACAUUGGUGGUUCUGCAAUUGGUUCUCCAGAGGAGAUCGAGUACAUGCUCAAACUUGCCGCAGAGCACAACAUCAAGCCUAUGAUCGAGACUUUCGACAUCUCUGAAGAGAACGUCAAGAAGGCUUGGGAAAGAGUCGACAAGGGAGAUGUUCGUUUCAGAGCCGUUUUGACCGGCUACGACAAGUUCUUCAAAUAA